UCCUCUAACUACAAUGUUCAAAGUUGUUUGUAGAUUGGAAGGAGCCACUUAUUAGUUGUAGCUCUCUUUACAUUUAGAUUUAAUUUUUGGUAGAAACUUAAGUCCUAGCACAAAAUUAAUUUGUGUUAGAGUCUUAACUUUCCAGAUUUCAAGUUAUCAGUUCGGCAGUUUAUUCUUAAUUCGGCAGCUUCAUUUUUAUUAGUAAACUAUCAACACUCGUUUUCUUUAAACCCACUUACAUCAAAGUUUCGUAGAUUUUGUUUUAUUUUAUAAAAAACCUCACCUGCAGCACAUGUGUUGUUUUUCUUUAAAACCCCAUUCCCCACUCCCCUGUUUUCCAUUCGUUUAGUUCAAACCCAUUCCGUUUUUCCCCUAUUUGAUUUUCGUUCAAAAUACCACUGUUUAUCUUUACUUGGCUUUCCGUUUACUGCGUUUUGUGACUUUCUCUUUUCCGUUUCAUUAUCGCGUUGUUCUGAGUUUAGCCGAGUCCAGUACCAUGUUCAUGCCCUGUACCGAGUUUGUAAUGAGUUGUGUAGUUUGUUGUUCUUGAAUGUUUGUUCCUUGCCGAGUUCUGGGUUUGUGCUUUGUUUAUGAUUCUGAGUCCGCUAUCGAGUCCUGUAGUUUAAUCCGCUGUUUAAGUCGAUUUUCUUUGCUGCAUUUCCGAGUUCUGUUUCGAGUCGUAUCUGGGUUUGAAAUCGUGCGAGUUCAUGCUCUGUCUUGCUGGGUUCUUCAGUUUUUAGUUCUGUUUUUGAAAGAUGAAUGUUCUGAGUUGCCGAGUUUCUGUUUUCGUUCUUGAGCUUCCGUCGAGAUCCUGUUUUUAGCUCAUUUGUCUUUUAGUUUGUUUUAUUAAUCUUAAGUGUAAAGUCUGGUGGUUUUGUUUUGGAGUGUUGGUUUGUAGGCUGAGUCUUGUUCUUUGGUUUUGAUGUCAAGUUUUAGUCGAGAUUAACCCGAGCUUUGCUGGGAUUUCAUCGAGUAUACUAGUUAGAGUGUGCGUUAAUGAUUUUUGGUUGAAGUCAAUGCUAGCCUAGUUGUUAGUUAAAAUUUACGCUGGAGUUUGUGGUUAUAGCUUCUGUGCUUAUUGUUAAAUUCUGCCAUUUUAAAUAGUUUUGUGUAUGGCCAAGUCGAGUUGUCAUUAGCUGUGAUUCAUGGUGCUGUUUUGUGCUAAUUUGAUUUCAAUUGUCUAGUAUUCCUCGUAAAUUAGAUAAAUCAAUUAAUUAGUUUCUUUUCAAUUGUUUUCAUAAAAUAAUUGGAUUAACGAUUUAGCUGAUAAUUAAUUAGGUUAAUCAAUUUUCCUCUUAGACUUGAUAAUUUUAGAUUUAAUUUAGAUAAAACCCCUUCUCACUCACUAAUUGUUCUAUUCCGCCUAGGUUUUAAGUAAAGAUUUGCGAAAAUUAUUUUAAUCUCUGUGGACGAAUCAUAAAUAUUAAAACGGUGAUCGUGCGCUUGCGAUCUGAAAGUAUCAUUUUCUAGCACAUCAAGUUUUUGGCGCCGCUGCCGGGGAUUAAAAUUAAUUUUUCGCUCCUUUAUUUUUAAUCUUUCGGAUUAGUUUGUUUCUCACUUUUUGUUUUUGUUUCGAGGAGGAAUAUUCGGGAAUCAUGGAGUAAAGUGGACAAAUUUUGCUCGGAUUUGGAAGCUUGCUUUGGUAUCCCGUAUCUCUCCACUUUUAUUUCGUCUUUAUUUAGAAAAUCACAAAAAAAAAAAUCUGAAAAUUGAAAAACACAAACAAAUUAAAAAUUUUAAAAUCCAAAAAUAUUAGUUACAACUACAUACGUGUCGCAUCAUGCAUUUAAUCACUUAGGGCACAUCAUUUAGAUUUUAAUUUUUGUUUUUAAAUUUUCGUACCUUUAAUUGUGGUGAUCGCUGGAGGACCCUAAGGUGCGUUAAUUUCUUUCUUUUCUCUAGAUUAGGACACGUAGUUUAAAUCAUCCAUAUUUGUUUACCGCUUUUAUUAUCUCGUUGUGUGGUGCAUUAUUUUAAAUAAAUCUUAAGGGCAAAACCCAAUCACAAGAUAAGGGGAGGGAUUUCAUCACUCUUUCCUUGGCCCACAACGACUUAAUUCUUCAUUUUGCAUUCCCUAGCCUUUUAAUAAAAUUGAAUUAGACGUUAGCCCCUAGGAUUUCGCGCUCAACUAGGAAGGUACCUAAAAGACGAGGUAAUCUUUUAUUAUUCCGACUCUUCGGUGUCUAGGCAAGCGAAAGCUUACCUGGCCGAUUAAGGUUUGGUGUCUAAGCGCGGAGAUUGGCCUCUUGGCAAUGCCUGCUCCAAACUGGCCAGACCGGUCCGAAUAAUUUUGGAUUUAUCGAGUUUUUGGUGGUCCUUAACGUUAGGAGCAAGGUCUAGUUCAGUUUUUUUAGGGAACCCUAGAAUUAAGUUUUUCUUUCGCUUUUACACCCUUUCUUUUGUUUGUUUUAAUUUUUGCACUUAUUUGCUACAUGUUUAUCGUUUAUGCGAACUACUUGGGUUAGGAGCGAGUCAUCUAGAUUAGUAAGGCCUAUAAUCGAGAUUCCCUCAUCCCCUUCGGAUUCCGAAACCCUAGAAGUUCCAGAACCGAUAGUUAAAAUGGCGUUGUCUCUUAAAGACCGUUGUUACCCUUCUCGUUCCGCUCAACCAUCGUGCAUCACUCUUCCUCCCGUUAAUGGGAAUAAUUUCGAGAUUAAGGCACAUCACAUUAGCAUGUUGCCUAAGUUUUUAGGGAGUGAAGGUGAGGAUCCCUAUCUUUUCAUUCAAGAAUUUGAGGAGGUUUGCGGUUUGCAAAAACUCCAACAAUUGAGCGAAGAUUCCAUUCGGCUUAGACUAAUCAACUUUGCUUUAAAAGAAAAUGCUAAAAAAUGGUUGUAUAGUCUACCCGUCAAUUCUAUCUCCACUUGGGAGGGGUUUGUGGUAAUGUUUCUUAAAAAGUAUUUUCCAAACCACAAAACGACUCGUAUUACAAAUGAAAUAAAUCAAUUCCAUCAAAGGGAAAAUGAGUCUUUUUGGAAAUUCUUUGAUCGUUUCAAAAAUCUUUUAUCACAAUGCCCCCACCAUGGAAUAGAGAAAUGGAGACUUUGUAAGAUUGUGUACGAGGCCUUAGAUAGUCAAACAACCGCUUUGUUAGAAUCUAUGUGCCAAGGCAAAUUCAUGGAGAAAGAUGAGGACCAAGGGUGGGAAUUUUUCGAGGACUUAGCCGAGAAAACAAUGUUAUGGGAGUCUACUAGGGAACCUAAAAAGUCGAUCGAGGCGUCUAGCUCUAGGGGUUUACACUCGAUAGGAAACAAUGUGGCAACCGAUGCCAAAUUAGCAACCCUUACUAAGAGACUCGAGGCUUUAGAGUCUCAUAGUGGCCCCUCAUCUUUGCCUAUGUUCCCGACCUAUAAUGCUUCCCAUCCCGAGAUCCAACAAUCUCAUGAUUUUGAGCAAGUGAACGCGAUGUUUCAACCCAAGCCUAGAAAUGACCCGUUUGCACCAACGUACAACCCCGGGUGGAAGAAUCACCCGAAUUUCUCAUGGAACCAAGGUCAAAACUUUCAAACUCCACAACCCAAUUUCCAAAGGCCUAAUCUUAACUCUUUUCCGAAUUAUCAAAACCCGAGUCAAGCUCCGUUGAAUCCUCCCGGUUUUAAUGAUUCGGAUAAGAGACUCAAUUCCUUAGAAAAGAGCAUAGAGGCCUUAGUGAAAUCGCAAACUAACUUGACUCAAUCCCAGCAAACUUUCAUGCAAACUUUAACCCAAGAUCGGCAACUUUUGCAUUCUAAUGUGCAAGCCGUCUCUAAGUUAGAGUCUCAAUUGAGUCAAUUAGCUAGCACGUUGUGUGAGCGAGAAAAGAACAAAUUCCCGAGCCAACCGGAGCCGAACCCGAAAUUCCCUCUUAAUCAAAGACCCCCGGAUAAUGUGCAUUCGGUCAUUUCUCUUAGGUCGGGUAAACAAGUAGAGACCCACGUUGGUGAGAACCUUGGUAAGAAAGGGGAUUCGACUUCUAAUCCAAGUCCACCCAUUACUCCCAUUAAUCAUGACAAACCCGAGAGUUCAAAAGCCCGUGAGGAGUCGAGUGACCCAAACCCGGAACCCGAGUUGCAAAGUGAAGUAGUCUAUAAACCGAGAGUCCCUUACCCACAAAGACUUAUUUCACCGAAGCAAUCGGCUCAAAUGGAGAAGAUUUUGGAAGUGUUUAAGCAAGUCAAGGUCAACAUACCCCUUUUAGAUGCAAUUCAACAAAUUCCCUCAUAUGCUAAGUGUCUUAAGGAGUUAUGUACCCAUAAGAGAACUAACCAUGUUCCUAAGAAAGCUUUCCUUACCUCUCACAUUAGUUCGAUUCUCUCAAACCAAAUUCCCGUGAAAUACAAGGACCCCGGGUGUCCUACAAUUUCAUGUGUCAUAGGAGAAACUUUUGUGGAUAAGGCGUUACUUGAUUUAGGGGCUAGUGUUAAUCUCCGUCCAUAUUCUGUCUACCAAGCUUUAGGUUUAGGGGAGCUCCGCCAAACAAAUGUCACACUUCAAUUAGCCGAUCGAUCCGUGAAAAUUCCUAAGGGAAUGAUCGAAGAUGUGCUAAUUAAAGUAGGUGACUUUGUGUUUCCCGUAGAUUUUGUCGUCCUAGAGACCGAACCGGUUAGGAACCCGAAGAAUCAAAUUCCCAUCAUCCUAGGACGACCCUUUUUAGCUACAUCCAACGCUUUGAUUAAUUGUAGGAAUGGCUUAAUGAAGCUAACAUUUGGCAACAUGACAAUCGACCUCAACAUCUUUCAUGUGGGGAAACAAUCCGAUGAUUUCUAUGAUCAACCUAUGGAUGUUAACCUAAUUGAUGAAAUAGUUGAUCAAGAUCUCAUGAAUCCUAAAGAUGCCCUUGAAUUUUGCUUAAAACAUUUUGGAGAGGAUUGGGAUGUUUCCGAUUACACACGUGAGGUCAACCAAAUGUUAGAAUCCACCAUUCCUACAACAAAUCAAGAGCGUGAUGUUGAACCCGAGCAUUUGCCUUUACCUAAGAAAACCGUUGAGUCACAACCGCCGGAAGUAGAACUCAAACCUCUUCCCGACACUCUUAAGUAUGCUUUUCUAGGCCCUAACGAGUCUUAUCCCGUUAUCAUUGCCUCUAAUUUGACUACGUCACAAGAGGAAGAACUUUUAGGAAUCCUUAGAAAGCAUAAGGGAGCCAUAGGGUGGAGCAUUUCGGACAUUAAAGGAAUUAGCCCGGCGAUUGUCCAACAUAGGAUUCAUUUGGUAGAAGAUGCCAAGCCCGUGAGAGAACCUCAAAGGAGGUUGAAUCCUCCCAUGAUGGAGGUAGUUAAGAAAGAGAUUCUUAAGUGCUUAGACAAUGGGAUCAUUUAUCCCAUUUCCGAUAGCAAGUGGGUGAGUCCCGUCCAUGUAGUGCCUAAGAAGUCGGGCAUUACUUUGGUAACCAAUGAGAACAAUGAGCAAGUUCCAACACGUGUCCAAUCCGGUUGGAGAAUGUGUAUAGACUUUAGGAAGCUCAAUGCCGUCACUAGAAAAGAUCAUUUUCCUUUGCCCUUUAUCGAUCAAAUGCUAGAGAGGUUAGCGGGUCAUGCGUUUUAUUGCUUCUUAGAUGGUUACUCGGGAUAUUUUCAAAUCCCAAUUGCACCCGAAGACCAAGAAAAGACCACCUUUACUUGCCCUUUUGGAACUUUCGCUUAUAGACGUCUAGCUUUCGGCCUAACCACGGGCCCGUCCACGUUCCAAAGGUGCAUGACUAGCAUCUUCUCGGAAAUGAUAGGUGACUUUCUAGAAGUCUUCAUAGAUGACUUUUCCAUCUUUGGUCCAUCUUUUCACCAAUGCCUUAACAAUCUAGACUUAGUUUUGAAAAGAUGUGAGGAAACGGAUCUAGUGUUAAAUUGGGAGAAAUGUCAUUUCAUGGUUAAAGAGGGAAUCGUUUUAGGACACAAAAUUUCUGAAAAAGGGAUCGAAGUAGACAAGGCUAAGGUCGACCUAAUAGCUAAUCUCCCUCCUCCCAAGUCCGUUAAGGAAAUUCGUUCUUUCCUUGGACAUGCGGGAUUUUAUCGUAGAUUCAUCCAAGAUUUUAGCAAAAAGGCCCGACCUUUGACCAACCUUCUAGCUAAGGAUGUCAAAUUUGAGUUCACAAGUGAGUGUGUUCAUGCCUUCGAAGACCUUAAGAGAGAAUUGACUUCGGCCCCGAUCAUGAAGUCUCCCGAUUGGAGUCAACCUUUUGAGCUUAUGUGUGACGCAUCCGAUUAUGCCAUAGGAGCGGUUUUAGGACAACGAAUAGAUAAGAGGCCUCACGUCAUUUACUACGCUAGUAAGACCUUAAAUGAUGCCCAACUCAAUUACUCUACCACCGAGAAGGAACUUCUAGCCGUAGUCUUUGCCUUAGAAAAAUUUCGCUCUUAUCUUAUCGGGUCCAAAAUCAUUAUUUACACCGACCAUGCCGCUCUUAAGUAUCUUUUCUCCAAGAAAGACUCUAAAGCCCGAUUGAUUAGAUGGGUGUUGUUGCUCCAAGAGUUUGACUUAGAGAUUAGGGAUAAGAAAGGUUGCGAGAAUGUCGUUGCCGAUCACCUCUCUCGAUUAGUGGUUGAAUCCACUAAUGACUUGCCCUUAAGCGAGUCCUUUCCCGACGAACACCUUCUCUCGAUUUCCACUCUCCCUUGGUUCGCCGACAUAGUCAAUUACUUAGCAACCGGUGACAUUCCCUCGACAUGGUCCAAAAAUGAUAAAGCCAAGUUCUUUUCUCAAGUGAAACAUUUCUUUUGGGAUGACCCGUAUCUCUUUAAGCAUUGUCCCGACCAAAUCAUUAGGAGGUGUGUCCCAAAUAGUGAGUUUCAUAGCAUCCUCUUGUUUUGUCACGAUCAAGCAUGUGGAGGUCAUUUUAGUGCGAAGAAGACCGCCGCUAAAAUCCUCCAAUGUGGUUUUUAUUGGCCUAGUUUGUUUAAGGAUGCUGCCGAGUAUUGUUCCGCAUGUAGUAGGUGUCAACAUCUAGGAAGAAUCACUAGGAGGAACAUGAUGCCUAUGAGCCCAAUCCUUGUUAUAGAGCUCUUUGAUGUGUGGGGCAUAGAUUUCAUGGGCCCAUUCCCUAGUUCGUUUGGCCACCUUUACAUCCUUCUAGCGGUAGAUUACGUUUCUAAGUGGGUAGAAGCCAUCCCGACCCGGUCCAAUGACAACAAAGUUGUCCUUCGAUUCCUUAAAGAGAAUAUCUUUUCUCGAUUUGGUACACCUAGGGCUAUCAUUAGUGACCAAGGGACGCAUUUCAAGAAUCGUCAAUUCGAGUCCCUUCUUAAGAAGUACUCCAUCACUCAUAGGCUUGCUACCCCUUAUCAUCCUCAAACUAGUGGCCAGGUAGAGGUUUCGAACCGGCAAAUUAAGCAAAUCUUAGAAAAGACGGUCAACUCGAAUAGGAAGGAUUGGUCCACCAAGUUGAUAGACGCCUUAUGGGCCUAUCGGACCGCCUUUAAGACCGUCUUAGGAAUGUCUCCUUGUAGACUUGUGUAUGGUAAAGCUUGCCAUUUGCCGGUUGAGUUAGAGCAUAGGGCCAUGUGGGCCAUUAGAGAAUUGAACUUCGACUUACCCACCGCCGGUAGUCAUCGGAAGUUGCAAUUGAGUGAGUUGGACGAACUUAGAAAUGAUGCCUACGAAAAUGCUAAAAUUUACAAAGAGAGAACUAAGGCAUUCCAUGAUAAGACCAUUUUGAGAAAAUCCUUUUCUCCCGGCCAGAAAGUUCUUCUCUAUAAUUCUAGGCUUCAUUUGUUUCCCGGUAAGUUGCGUUCUAGAUGGAAUGGACCUUACAUUGUUCAAGUUGUGUUUCCUCACGGUGCUAUUGAAAUUCAGGAUCCUAAAAAUGGUAAUGUUUUUAAAGUUAAUGGUCAACGCCUUAAACCAUUUUUAGAAUUGCCUGUUGAUUCGGAGGAAGAGGUCAUCCACCUCGUCGACCCUUGAUCAUGUAAGUUGCUUCAGUAGUUAAUAAAAAUCCCUUCAUCUCCUAUUCAGGUAUUUUUCCUCUUUACUCUCUCAUUUCAAUUCUCUCUUUUGCAUACAUUGAGGACAAUGCAUGAUUUAGGUAUGGGGAGGGCUUUAGUGUAAUUCUUAAAAAAUGAAAAUCCCUAAAAAAUGAAAAAAUUAGAAAAUCCAAAAAUAGAGAUUCUUUUAGCUAAGUUGUCUUUCCCUCACUCGAACUUUAGGAGUAGUUGGUGUUUAGCAUGUUUUCGAAAAGUAUAUAUAUGUAGUGUCUUUUAGAUAAUUUGAACGUAGUUGAGUAAGGUUGUCUUUUUGAAGCUUGUAUCGACCGAUUUGUACUUUAAAUUCCAAGAUGGCACACACUUUUGCACGAGACCUUUGAUGGAGAGAUUGUCUAGUGAUAUUAUUCGAUACCUGAGAGAGAACCCACAUGUUGAAACAAUGUCGAAUCGAACCUUUGCGAAUAAAAAAAAAAGGAGAGAUAGAAAAAGAAAAGGAAUAACUACUUCAAUACCCAUUGUUCUUUAUAGAUAAAAUCUUUAGAUAAAUGGGCAAAAGUAGAUUGGCUAGUCUCGUUUUGUGGCCUUUGUUAUUCGAGCAAUUAAGUCCGUCGGGGGAUUUCAAAACCUAGUGCCCUAAGACCGUUUGGUUUGGGAGUCACUGACCCAAAGCUCGCUACAUGGGUAACAUUGUUUGCCUAAGAAAACGGACAAAAUAAAGUCAAUGCAAAAAAAAAAAAAAAAAAAAAAGAAAAAAAAAAGAGAAUAAGAGUUUGUGAAGUUUGGCUAGAUAUUUGUUUCGAUAGAGAUUGGGUCAGUUCAAAAUUGGUUGAAAAAGAGAAAGUGUUAUUAGACAAUUAGGAUCCAUCAAAGGCCUUAAAUUACUUACACUCCUUGGAUUUCUAGUAAAUCUUUGUGUCGAUGCAAAUAGAUUAGAGAAAACUGUAUCUUGAUUAUUAGUAGAUGAGUCUUUAAGUCGUAUUUUCCUUAAAAACGCUUUUUGUUAACACCAACGAAAUUAGAGUAGAGUCGAGUAGACACUUGCUAGAAUGUCUCAAAGAUUUUAUGGGUAUAUCUUCUGUAAACCCUUAGGAGACAAAACUCCUCUUGUAGAGAUCGUCUACGAGUUUAACGGGUUGGUGAACCUAAAAUCACCCGUCACGCCUACGAAAAGGAGCCUAGGAAUCGCAUCUAGUUUUCUAAGUUUAUUUUCUUUUCUUUUGAUUUUACUCGAGGACGAGCAAAAGAUAGGUAUGGGGAAGUUUGAUUAGUCCAUAUUUUUGCAUAUUUAAGUGCCUAUUUUUUGUUCAUUUUCGUAGUAUUAAUCGCUUAUUUAUUUUAUUUCAGGAAAUUGUAGAUAAAUAAAGAAAGAAGAGAAAAUGCAAGAAAAACACUACGCCAUAUAUGGCCUUCAACAACAUCAAAAAAAAUGAUGCAAUAACCCCCAAAUAUGUUGCCAUAGCCCGAAAAUUGGCUAUUGCAACAUAAAAUUUAAGUUGCUUUUUUCGAUGUUGCCCUAGGCUUCUAUUGCAACAUAAUGGUUACCUACUGCAACACGGGCUUUUCUGUCACAAUAGACCGCUAUUGCAACAUCUGACUACCUUAUAGCAACAAAUAUUUUAUGUUACGUUAGACCUCCUUAUUUUAAAAAAAAACGGGACCCAUUUGUGGGUCCCACAUGUGGGCCCCACUUCUGGGUCCCCAGUGCCACGUGUCAGUCUAGUGGCUGACACGUGUCUCUAUGGGACGCUGACACGUGUCUCUACCAGAUGGUGACACGUGUCUCUACAGUCUGGUGACACGUGUCACUACCUGAUGAAGACACGUGUCUCUACCAUAUGGAGACACGUGUCAGUCCCACAUAUGGACACCUGUUAUUCUACUGCAACAUAUUAGUUAUGCAAUUGCAACAUUUUCUUAUACAACUGCAACAUAGAUAUGAGCUAGUGCAACAUUAAAGAGAGCUUUUUAACAUUUUAUUACAUCAAGCUGCAACAUUUUAUGAAUCAAUGGCAACAUUUUUUCAUGAAACAAAUUGAAAAUAUACUGUUUAAAAUAUUAAAAUUCCCAAUAAAUCCAACCAAUUCAACAUCUACAAACCAAAAUAGCUACACAAGUUCAACCAAAUCCAAGCAGCUACCAACUCCAACCAAAUCCACAAUUCACCAACUCCAACCAAAAGCACAAUUCACAAUUCACCAAACUAAAACAAAAGAAAUUACCAAAUCCUUAAUUUACCAACUAGUUGAUGACCAAAAUAUACCCAAAAGCAGGAAAUAGGUUAAUACUAUUACUACUGGAGAUGGAGACAACAUGGAGAACCUAGCAGCUAGCACCGCCAGUUAUAGGCUAGCACAGAGCAAGACAAGCUUA